AUGGAACGUCAUGAUGAUGUUGAUUGGUUUCCCUCUCAUGAAUUCAACACCAUGCCCGGAAACCUUCUGCCGGCCCCGGAUGCCUUUUUCGCUAACCCCUAUCUUCAAUCGGACACCGGAAGCCAUUCCAAUUCCACUUUUUUGCCCUUCGGAAACCACAAUUCUUCCCCUUUCCUCUCCCUCGGCACCAACUCCGAUUUCCACAUCAGGGAAGCUCUACUCGAAUCCCAAAUCGCCAACCUCACCCUCGGCCCGCCCGCCGCCCAGUCUAAUUAUCUUCCCCUUUCACAGCUGCCGCUGCCUAAUUACAACGACAACCGCCUGCCUAAUUACAACGACAACCGCCGUAGCUACGAGAGAAAUGGCUACGUGAGAAACGGCUACGAGAUGAGGCAGAUGAGGGUCCAAUCGGCAGCGAGAGGAUUGCAAAUCAACUCCGAUUUGGAGGAGAUGGGGAUGCACUCGCCCUAUGAUUACAACAUUAACAUGGGGUAUAAUCAUCAUCAUUAUCAAGCGGCGAAUUCGAUGGGGAUGGAGAGGUACUUCGGGCGGACGUGGCGGCCGCGGCAGACUCGCAGCCUGACGUCGCUGGAGGAUCUGAGGGGGAGGAUAUUUGCGGUGGCGAGGGAUCAGCAGGGGUGCAGAUUCUUGCAGAGUAAGUUCGAGGAGGGGAAGGUGGAGGAUAUUCAGAUGAUAUUCAUGGAGGUAAAAGAUCAUAUUUGUGAGUUAAUGGUCGAUCAGUUUGGAAAUUAUCUUGUACAGAAGUUUCUGGCAAUCUGCAAUCACGAGCAAAUGACGCAGUUGCUCAUGAAUGUCGUUAGUGACGAACACAGAUUCAUGAAUAUCUGCGUUAAUACUCAUGGAAGUAGAUCUGUGCAGAAAUUGUUGGAGUAUCUAACGACGGCGGACCAAAGACGUCUUGUUAUAUCUGUUCUAAAGCGUAUAACGCUUCUUCUUACAAAAGACCCCAAUGGCCAUCAUGUCAUUCAGUAUUGCUUGAAGCUAUUUACUUUUGAAGAAAAGAAGCAUAUACUGAACGUGGUAGCUGAUCACUGUAUGGAGAUAGCCACGGACAAGAACGGUUGCUGCGUUCUCCAACUCUGCGUGGAGCACGCUACAGGCGACACACGCGACCGCCUCAUUUCUGAAAUCAACAACAACUCAAUCAUGCUUUCUGAACAUCUCUACGGCAACUAUGUGGUUCAGUACAUAAUAGGGCUGAAAAUACAGCAGGCGACGGCAGACAUAAUCACCCAGCUUCGUGGGAGCUUUGUGCCUUUGUCGAUGAGCAAAUAUGGGUCGAAUGUGGUGGAGAAGUUUUUGAAAGAGAAAGAUAUAUUACAAGAGAGCCAAAGAGUGUCAAUCAUUGAGGAAAUCAUCUUCAGCCCUCAUUUCUUGAGGGUUCUUCAAGAUCCCUACGGAAACUACGUUGCUCAGACUUCAUUUACAGCAACCAAGGGAGCUCUGCGGAGUGCAAUGAUAAGUCUGAUUCAGGCGCAUCAUCCAAACUUGCAUAGCCAUCCACAUGGAAAGCGUGUGCUUCAGUGUAUCAAAGGAAACAAGCCUCGUGUAUGAUUCCUUUACAGCUUGCUUCUUGUCUGUCUGUUUCUCUCCCAACCUCCCAUUUUUCUACCUAAUUUCGUCUUGUUGGACUGCUUUCUUCUCUCCUCUAUCUCUCUCUGUGUGUUUGUUGUGGUUUUGUUAGAACAACGUU